GGCCGGGGCGGGCCCGGCAGGGCGGCAGCGCGGCGUCCCGCGGGCGGGGCGGUGGACCGCUGCGGGCGGGCUGAAGAAAUCCAGAGUGAAAUUGCCGCAAAAGCAAGGAUGAUUAUACAGAGAGUAGUGCUGAAUUCACGCCCAGGCAAGAAUGGUGUGCCAGUGGCUGAAAACUUCCGACUGGAGCAAAGUACAAUAGCAGAUACUAUCCGAGCAGGACAAGUGCGUGUUAGAACCCUUUAUCUCUCUGUGGACCCUUACAUGCGCUGUCGGAUGAAUGAGGAUACCGGCUCAGAUUACCUCCUUCCCUGGCAGCUGUCUGAAGUUGCUGAUGGUGGGGGCAUUGGGGUUGUGGAGGAGAGCAAGCAUGAUAACCUUGCUAAAGGAGACUUUGUAACUUCCUUCACUUGGCCCUGGCAGACGGUGGCAAUUCUAGAUGGAAGCUUGCUACAAAAGCUUGUUCCACAGCUUGUGGAUGGACACCUUUCCUACUUUCUUGGUGCAGCUGGCAUCACAGGACUGACGGCCCUGUUAGGUAUAAAGGAGAAAGGACAUGUGGCUGUGGGUGCAAAUCAGACAAUGGUGGUGAGCGGAGCAGCCGGUGCCUGCGGCUCUUUGGCCGGCCAGAUUGGCCGUCUGGAGGGCUGCUCUAGGGUGGUGGGGAUUGCUGGCACAGAUGAAAAGUGCUCCAUCUUGGUCCAAGAAAUGGGGUUUGAUGCUGCUAUCAAUUACAAGAAGGGGGAUGUGGCAAGGCAGCUACGUGAACUCUGCCCGGGUGGGGUGGAUGUUUACUUUGACAAUGUUGGUGGAGACAUCAGUGAUACAGUUAUAAGUCAGAUGAAUCAGAACAGCCAUAUCAUCCUGUGUGGACAAAUUUCUCAGUAUAACAAAGAUGUGCCUUAUCCUCCUCCGCUGCCUCCUGACGUAGAAAAAAUACAGAAAGAAAGGAAUAUCACAAGGGAAAGAUUCUUAGUGUUGAACUACAUGGACAAACAAGAAGCUAGUGUAUUACAACUCUGUCAGUGGAUCCAAGAGGGUAAACUGAAGGUCAGAGAGACUGUGGUAGAAGGCUUAGCAAACAUUGGUGCUGCUUUCCAGUCCAUGAUGAAUGGAGGCAAUAUUGGAAAACAGAUUGUCUUAGUUUCUAAGUAGAAGUUACUUCUUCGGGAAAAAUAAUUGGAUUCUCUUAACUGCAACCUGAGAUUUUCAUCAGAGAUAGGUGAGCCUUCUGCUUAACUGUUCAUUUUUUGCAUUCUUUGCAUUCUAGACUAAAAUGAAGUUUUUAGAAUUCCUUUUCUAGAAUCUCUACUGAAUCUUUAUUUUUGUGAUACUGUCCUCUAUUGCACAAGUUUUUCUGGUUUUUGCCCUCUCCAGGGUGACAGACAGAGGGUCUCAAAACAUGCUGCCUAAUGACAGAAGGUAACUUUGUGGACAAUUGACCUUCUGUUCCCUCAGUAACUUAUCUUGGCUCAGAAUUUUUAGUCUAGCAGUGUUCUCUUACCAUCUUAGUGGAGAAACUUGAAAAAAUGUUCACCAUUUCCAAGUCUGACUAGCCUAACCCCAAGCCAAGUGGGACUGAUGAGAUGAAGUAUGGCCUUCAAAAGCAAGGAACAGAAAAGGAAACAGAUAAUUAUCUUAAAUACAUUAGAAUUCCACUACUGAACUGGUUUUGGUUUUAAUUUGUUUGUCUUGAAGAGAGUGCUUCCAAACAGCAGGGUCAGCUGAACUGUCCAGAGAAUGGAUUAUCUAGAUCUCUGUGAGUGAUUACCUAGGCUCAAACUAAAUAGAAUCCAAGAACCAGGAAAGAAACACUAUACAAGAAACGUGGCAUUCUAAAUCAUUUUGCAUGCUGUGGAAAGUAAGACAAUUGGCAUAAAAAUUGGCUGUUAUGGUUGUGAGCAUGAAGAAGAGUCCUUGCAUUUCCUAAUGCUGAAGCUGGCCCUGAAAGAAGGAAACAUGCAGUGAUAGAUGCCAUAAACUUUGAGGAAGAGAAAGACACCUGCAGUAUAGCAUCAGAUGGUCUAGAAUCUUCCAGGUUGCAUUUUUCAACUGCAAAACUCGUGACUCUUUCAACUAGAUUGUGAAUCCAGCAGCAGCAUAACUAACUCAAGCAGCAUUAAUAACAGUGUCAUACUGGGAUAAAAGCCAAAAUUGUUAUGCAGUAAAUCAGUAUGAUCCUAGUUGGCAAAUAAAGACAAAAAGUUGGCUUGUAAGACUUUAUAAUUUCUAUGUAUAUUAAAACAGGAGGCAGGAGGAAAUGCAGUGAUCCUGAGCACUGUCUGUAUACUUGGAUUCCAGUCAUUUCAGCUGGAUUUAAUGGAAAGGGAGCUGAUGGGAAUACAACUUUUCCAAACAGUGGCUCUACUGAGUGUGCUGAUAUGUCCAUUUUCCCCUUUCCUUCUUCCCUCCCAUGUGCUCCCACAUGCCCUAUGCCUUACAGCAAUAUUCAGACUGAAACAGGAUCACCACCCCCCUACACAUUUGUUACCUAACGCACACCUUCUGCCAGGCCACAGAUUAGCCUUAAUGCACUUUAACACACCUAAUCUUUCUGAAUAAAUGUCCUCAUCCUUACAGUUCAUUCUUAAAGCAAAUAUCUAAAUGCAAAAGAAAACAACCCACUCCACAUUCGUGGCCAGCCAUUGACAGUCCACACCCCUGCAGCAAAGCUGAUCUUAACCUGAGGUUCCAUUGCUACUUCUAAAAAUUGUUACUGAUGCAAAAGUAUUGUUGUGAAUGAGAGUGUUAUUGCUGGUGCUGCUGAGUUGCAAUAGUGUCAUUUUAAAUUAGGAACAGAAAGUUCUUCAUUGAAUUUGGUUUUUUUUGUCUGUGUGUCUAAUUGUACAUAAAAAUAUAUUGCACUUUUUUGGGA